UAAUAAUUUUAGGAUUUAAAUCUUGCUCGCGGUCAAAAAAGCGUGUACAAAAUACAGCCAGAAUCAUGAUUCAGAUGUAUCUCAACAGCAAUCAGUAGCGCCCUACCUACUGUGUUCAAGCGUAAGCUAAUUGCUAAUAAUACCAAUUAUCUAUUAACUACUAACUAUUACUAAAGUAACGCGGAAGUAAUGAUACCAACAUUUCCAUAUGAGUGUACUUUUCACCACUAAACUGCAACACAACUGUAGAUGGCUUUUUAUGAUACAGGUUGUUUACCGAAAAGUGACGCAGAGAAAGACUAUACAAGUGCAGCAUAAGAGUGUCAGUGCGGUUAAGGAACACAGUAACCUAAAGCGACAAACUGAAGGAGACGCAGACUGUCUAAUCACGAUGGAGUCAAACUCAAAUGAUGUGAAAGUGAGCUACGUUGAUCUGUGCCGCAAUGUGCAAAUCUCAGAUGGCAACCUCUUCAUGUGUCUAGUGAACAACGAUGGGGUCCUUAGCCUCGAAAUGAAGGGAAAUACAGGAGAAGAUGUAUUUAAAUACACAGUGUAUGAUUACAACACCGCUGGAGGGGUCCAAGAUUUUAUGAACAUCAUGCAAAACAAUCAGCAAGUUGAUCUCCAAUACUAUUGUAUUGUAACAGACGAUCGAGAUAAAAAUAUCAACAUUGAUCUACAGAGAGUAGAUUCCUUUCCACCACCCGAGAACACCAGGGUAGCAGACAAGAGGUUCUAUUACAGCUUUAGCCCUUCUUCGAAUAAGAACAUCUUCCAAGCGGGAGAACAUAUUGACUAUUACAUAGCAGUAGCGCCAUCUUCAACAGAAGUCGUCGCGGAAACUUCUGAAUUCGCCUUUAGCAUCUUAUACCCUAAUUUGACACCCUCGAAAACACAGCCUCACUUCGGAUACUUUCAUAUAUUUACACACAGUGGGAAUAUUGUGACGACCACGAAAACAGAAGAUGGAUUUAAACUAUUGGCAGUUAACCCAAAAAUCAUGGAGAAGAGGCUGUCAAAAGCAGCAAGUGAUGAAGUUGAUAAAAACUCAGAAAUUCAGUCAGAUUUGUUAAACGAUCCCACUUUUAAGAUAUAUUCGUACGAUUAUCACGAAGCUCCAACUAUUGACGAACCCAAUCCACCGGUGAUGCAAGCUGUUGCUGCGUAUUCUCCUGCUAUAGAUCGAUAUGUCGCAUUUGAGGUACUUCCUGAUGGAACCACGGGUCCGAUCACACUUAAGAAAUAUGAACAUGGUCCUGACGAGGCAUUAAAGCGAGUUCCAGGUCAACGCUUUUUCAUUAUUGAAAAAGAAGAUGAUAAAGCAAUCUUCCGUGUCCACGAUGAUCGAGAUUUAAUACUUUUCGAAAAUCUACUUGCUGGAGCUAAUCCAAAACAGCGGACUACUUUGGGACUAAGGCCAGGAAAGGAGGGAGAGCCGAUUCAUUUACCCAACGCUAUGUUUACAUUGAAAUCUGUUCCUGCACCCGGAAAAGAGGACGACGUAGAACCCUCAUCAAGUGAUGAAUCACACGCUGAAGAAGAUACAACUAAACCCAUUGAUGCAGACAAAAUUAAGCCCACCGACACAGCCACAUCUAACCCCAUUGACACAGACGCGACUAAACCUUCCAACACAGACACAACUAAACCCACUGACGCAGACACAACUAUGCCCACUAACACAGACACGACUCAACUCACAGACACGGACACAACUAAACCCAAUGACACUGACACGACCAAACCAACUGACAGAGACACAACUAAACCCACUGAUGCAGACACAACUAAACCCACUAAUACAGACACAACUAAACCCACAGACACAACACGACGGAGCUCCGUUCUUAACAUUUUUUCUUGUUGCUGUCGAAAAUAAAACAACUUUACAUUUGUCCAUCCAGCUUCGCCGAACACAUACGUAGGGAGGACGAAAUAACACGAGGAUACACAAGACUUGACAUCAUUCUUGAAUAGAUGUCGUUUUUAUUCUGUAUUUUUAUAUUGAAUUGACAUUAUAAACAGUGUAUAUCAGAUUUAUAUACUAAAGUCUAUGUCAAUGCAUUAGGAAUGAACAUUUUGCUAUAAUUUGCCAUAAAA